UUGUAUUAUUCACGUGAGAUAAUCAGCUGACCUUGGGGACCCCCAUUGUCUACCAUUUUUGAAAUUAAUUACAGCACUCUUUCACUUGUUUGAAGCGAUAACUCAUCAACUUUCAUUGUCGCAAGAAAGCGACAAAAUUUAUUUCUGUUUUCAUUCAGCCAAUUUCAGUUUUACGGUUACGCAAUUUUGAUUAGGUUUGCACUAUUUGCAAUAGGAAUCAAUUUGUAGUAAUUUUCUCAAUCGAGUAAAAUAUUGCGUAAUACUGGCUCCAAUUUUGCAUCAUCUUUAAAUUCAUUGUGCCAGUAAUCUAUAGAUUGUUCGGUGCUAAUCACUGUUGAGUGUAAUGGCGGCAACAACGGACAAAAGCCCCGCCCCCCUGUUUCAGAAGCCCCUGGAUGCGAAGUUUGCAACCAAAGCGUGCCUAGUGGGGCAACACCCCGAACAAUGGGGUUACAAUGACGCUGUGCCCCCCAUAUGUCUGGCAUCCACAUACAAGCAGGCCGAACCUGGGGUUGCUAAAUUCGACUACUCCCGCAGCGGUAACCCGAACCGAGAUCUUCUGGAGCAAUGCCUAGCCAGCCUGGACUCCGCCAAGUAUGGGUUGUGCUUUUCUUCAGGGCUGGGGACCCUGACAGCUGUCAUGAGUCUGUUAGAGUCGGGAGACCACGUGCUAUGUGUCGACGAUCUCUAUGGAGGCACUUUCAGGUAUUUCAAGCACAUCGCCUCUCGAUUCAAGCUGGAAUCUUCCUUUCUCGAUGCUUCCGACCCUGAAAAGUUUGUGGCUUCCAUGCAACCAAACACCAAAAUAAUCUGGCUAGAAAGUCCAACAAACCCCCUGCUGAAAGUGUGGGAUAUUGAGAAGAUCUGCCAGUUGGCCAAAGCCAAAUCGAAAGAUGUGAUAGUUAUAGUCGACAACACCUUCCUUACACCGUACUUCCAGAGACCUCUAGAGCUUGGAGCCGAUAUCGCUCUAUAUUCUGUCACCAAGUAUUUGAACGGCCAUUCCGAUGUGGUGAUGGGAUCAUUAGCCUGCAACAAUAAGGAGCUGUAUGAACGACUGAAAUUCAUCCAGAAUUCGUCCGGUAUAGUGCCUUCACCGUUCGACUGUUUCCUAGUCAACCGUAGCCUGAAAACUCUGCACCUCCGAAUGAACGAACACAUGCGGUCUGGACUGGAGGUAGCCAGGUUCCUGGAGUCACAUCCCGAUGUACAGAAAGUGCUUCAUCCUGGUCUUCCCUCUCACCCGCACCACCAGUUAGCAUUGCGCCAAUGGUCAGGCUGCAGUGGAAUGGUGUCCUUCUACCACAAGUAUGGUCUCAACGAGAGCAAAAAGUUCCUGCAAAGUCUUAAAGUAUUCAUGUUGGCCGAAAGUUUGGGCGGUUAUGAGAGUUUGGCCGAAUUACCGUCAGUGAUGACCCAUGCUUCAGUGCCUGCUGAAACCAGGGCGGUUCUGGGGAUCACCGACAACUUCAUCCGGCUCUCAGUCGGCCUAUCAGCUGUGCCCGAUCUCAUUGAUGACCUUGACCAAGCACUCAGGGGCAUGACCAAGAAUUAACAUUGAAUUUCGAGUUUUCUAGGGUAUUUAAUGGAAUUUGAGUGGUAUUAUCGCGUUAGGAAAGAAUUUUGAUUGUAAUUUGUAGGUCAAGUAUUGGAAUUUUGAUAGUAAUUUAUAGGAAAAGAAUUGUAUUUGAAGUUUUAGGC